AUGUCGACUAUUCUUCGGACGCUGCGGAACUUGCGCAGGAUUGGAUUUAAGGAAUAUGGCCACCAGAUGCAGCUGACAAGGUCUUGCUCGCAUCUAGGUGAUACCAAAGCCGGUACCUUGAUCGCCACCGAUAAAUAUGGAAACAAGUACUACGAGAACAUGGAGGAGGAGCUUCCUCUCCGCACAAGAUGGGUUGACUACAAGAACCCAGACUUUGACCCUACACAGAUCGAGCCUGGCUGGCACGCGUGGAUCUCUUACAUGAUUGACGCCCCUCCCACCGCCGACAAGAUCCUGCAAACUGGCAUUCGCAAGUGGGAAUUGCCUGAACACCGUCCCAAUCAGACCCUCAGCCGCGCUGCAUACAAGCCUUACUCGACCGUACGGCCAAAGGUCUCUGCCUGGACCCCUGUUGCAGCUCAGCGCUAG